GGGUCGGGCCGGGGUCACGGGGUCCGAGGUCGGGGUCGCGGGGCAGGAGCCCUGGAGGCCGGGCCGGGGUCGCCUCGCCCGCCGGGGAGCGUUCUCCGGAGAGUAACUUUGUCUUUCCUUUCCCGGGCUGGGCUGCGUCCGCUCGCACGUCCCGGCCUGCGGCGACGCAGAGAACAAAAGGACAAGAUAAUAAAGUACAAAAUGGUUCUUUGCAUCAGAAGGAUACAGUUCAUGACAAUGACUUUGAGCCCUACCUUUCUGGACAGUCCAAUCCGGGGACCACAACUUCAUUCUGCCUCCCUUCCUUGAAUUCUCCUUAAUUUGCUGUUUCAGUCAUGAGUUAUUUGGGAAUUGUUACUGCCUCUAAGUUUGGACUCUUCUGAUGGAGGCUGCCAUUUAGAAAAGCACUCUGUUGCAUUCUCAGAUGAGAGCUGUGCCAUGGUGUCCAGCCAGAAGAGAGGUGUUUGGUGUGACUGAUAGCAAAAAGCUCAGAAUCCUGGUGGUGUGCUAAGUACCACACAGACUCCUCUGUUGCAGUCUGGGGAACAGCAGAGGGCCACCUGCUACACCGGAAGGAGUAUGAUGGGCCAUUUUCUCAGCUCAGUCUGUGACCUGUGCCUACCAUCUGUUUGAUGAGUAACAGUUACCCCUCGAUGAGCGAUCCCUACCUGUCCAGCUACUACCCACCGUCCAUUGGAUUUCCUUAUUCCCUCAAUGAGGCCCCAUGGUCUACCGCAGGGGACCCUCCGAUUCCAUACCUCACCACCUAUGGACAGCUCAGUAAUGGAGAUCAUCAUUUUAUGCAUGAUGCUGUUUUUGGGCAGCCUGGUGGCCUGGGGAACAACAUCUAUCAGCACAGAUUCAACUUUUUCCCUGAAAACCCUGCAUUCUCAGCAUGGGGGACAAGUGGUUCUCAAGGGCAACAGACUCAGAGUUCAGCAUAUGGAAACAGUUACACGUACCCGCCAAGCUCUCUGGGUGGCACAGUCGUGGAUGGGCAGACAGGCUUUCACAGCGACACCCUCAACAAGGCCCCUGGGAUGAACAGCCUGGAACAGGGCAUGGUUGGCCUGAAAAUCGGGGAUGUCACCACCUCUGCAGUCAAGACGGUGGGCUCAGUUGUCAACAGUGUGGCACUGACUGGUGUCCUUUCUGGCAACGGUGGGACAAAUGUAAACAUGCCAGUUUCAAAACCAACCUCCUGGGCUGCCAUUGCCAGCAAGCCUGCAAAGCCACAGCCUAAAAUGAAAACAAAGAGUGGGCCUGUGAUGGGGGGCGCACUGCCUCCUCCACCUAUCAAGCAUAACAUGGACAUUGGCACCUGGGAUAACAAGGGGCCAGUGCCGAAGGCGCCCGCCCCACAGCAGGUACCAUCCCCCCAGGCUGUCCCACAGCCCCAGCAGGUAGCUCAGCCUCUUCCUGCUCCACCUCCCCCUUUGACCCAACCACAGUAUCAGAACCCUCAGCAGCCACCCCAGCCCCGCUGGGUUGCCCCUCGCAACAGAAAUGCCGCAUUUGGGCAGAGUGGAGGGGCCAGCAAUGACAGUAACUCUCCUGGCAACGCCCAGCCUGCUUCUGCCCCGAGUGUAGAGUCCCACCCUGUCCUUGAGAAACUGAAAGCAGCCCACAGCUAUAACCCUAAAGAGUUUGACUGGAAUCUUAAAAGUGGACGGGUAUUCAUCAUAAAGAGCUAUUCGGAGGAUGACAUCCACCGCUCCAUCAAGUAUUCCAUUUGGUGUAGCACAGAACAUGGCAACAAGCGCCUCGACAGCGCCUUCCGCUCUCUGAGCAGCAAAGGUCCUGUCUACCUGCUCUUCAGUGUCAAUGGAAGUGGGCAUUUCUGUGGGGUGGCCGAGAUGAAGUCCCCCGUGGACUAUGGCACCAGUGCUGGGGUCUGGUCUCAGGACAAGUGGAAGGGGAAGUUUGAUGUGAAGUGGAUUUUUGUCAAGGACGUGCCCAAUAACCAGCUCAGGCACAUCAGGCUGGAGAAUAAUGACAACAAACCUGUCACAAACUCCCGUGACACGCAGGAGGUGCCCUUGGAAAAGGCAAAACAAGUGCUGAAGAUUAUCGCUUCCUAUAAGCACACAACCUCUAUCUUCGAUGACUUUUCUCACUAUGAGAAGCGCCAGGAGGAGGAGGAGGUAGUGCGCAAGGUGAGGUACCUGUCACACACGUGUCUGCCUCAGUGACUGUGCUCACCAGGCAGCCUGAGCAGCCAGGGCAAGGCAGGAAGUGAUGGGCAAUCCACUGAUGGUCCAGAGACAGGCCUCGGGCGAGGCUGAUGGUCUAGAAAGCACAGGCAGUGUCUCCAUGCUUUUCCCUUCACCAUCACUAGGAGGAUGCAGGAGUGACAUUUGAGCAGAGAGACUGUAGAUGGGGCGUGCGGUAGUGCUGCUUUUUUUGGUAUUUUUGUAAAAUGACACAGCCAUGCGUUGCGUAACAAUGGGACAUACUCUGAGAAAUGCAUUGUUGGGUGAUUUUGUGGCUCUGCCAGCAUCACAGUGCACGUACCCAAAAUAAGACCCCAUGGCAUCACCAGGCAAUAUAACCCUGAAGGACCACUGUCAUAGGUAGAAUGUCAUUAAUGCAGCAUGUGGCUGUACUGAAUUGCUAGAUUUGCAGGGUCAGAACAGGGAUAAUUAACAGUUAAUGAAAUUGAGGUCCAGCUUUACACUUGUGGCUGUCUAUGUGUGUGUUCAGUUUUUCCUCUUAAAUACUGAAUGCGUGGGUUUCCCUAAAGUGCACUGGGUUCCAAAAGUUGGCAGUGCAUUUAGGUAUAAAAUUCUGCCCCUGAUCUGGUUAGUGUUUUUAAAACUUCUAGUGUCUUAAAAGUUGCAUUGUAACAACUCAAUCUUUAGACAGUUGCAUUUUUAUAUGGAGUCUUGGGUUAAGCCUUGUGGUGAAAGGCCUGCAGGGCCCAUGGGCAUCUGUCCUAAGUCUGGAUGCUUGUGCCACUUGGAGAACUCUGGAGAUGUGCCUGUCUAAUUUGCCUGAGGAACACCCUAGGAAGGACUUGGUGACCUAUGAACAGUGUCAGCCUGGCCUAAAGCUUUUGAUCCAUGUUGUUCAGUGUUAAUUUAUAUUGAAGGUGACAAAUAAUUUGUCACUGCAGAAUUCAGGUAGAAUUUCAAGUAUCUUUUAAGCUCACUGGGCUGUGUAGAGAGAUGGAGGUGGUUCUGGGACUGUCCUUAGACUGAUGUGUCCCCUGGCUACACAGUGCUAGCUGCCUGCCAGGUACUUGGAGUUCUUUCUAAGGGUGGGCUGUUGGUUUAUCAGAGCAGAACCCUAGGUGUAUGGGAUUGAGACUCCAGGUUUCUACUGAGGAGUGUGGUCUAGUGUUAAUGAAGUAACUUCAAAGAGUUAGGAGCACUCCUUCCUCAGGGCUAUAAAAACUGGCCAGGGCCCUGGCAGAUCUCCAAGGUUCUCAGGACCUCUGAGCAAACAGACCCAUCUUUUGUUCAUCACACACACCUCUUCACUUUUGAAUGGUUUUGAUUUUAAAAAUAUAGUAGAUCCUUGGUAUCUAUGGGUAUUUGAUUAUAAGGAGACUGCUAUGGAGGGAAAAAACCCCACAAAUGCUAGGAUGGAUAGCUUUCACUGCUGAACCUUGCAGAUGCUUGAUUCGUUCUUCCCAUAGAGCCACCCAGUUUCCACUAAAGACAUGCCAUCUUUCCACACAUCUAAAAUUUUCACUUUAUCACUUCAGUUAAGAACAUUAACUCUUAACCUUUCUUUUUGGGCCCUAUUUGCUUUUGGGGAGGCAGAUUUUCACAAAAUUAAGGGCACGGAAAUGCUCAGUAGAUCACACAAUUUAAACACAACUGAUGAUAAUGUGAGACUCAGAGCCUCUCCACAUCAGCUGAGCUGUGUAAUGCGUGUGUGAGAAUUAAAAAUGAUCGUUUCUGAAAUUUGUGAUUUUUGUUUUUGUGCAGUAUAGGGUUUGAGCUCAAGGCCUCUUGCUUGGCAGGUGCUCUACCACUUGAGCCACGCCCCUGCCCUUUUUCACUUUAUUUUUCAGAUAAGAUUUCAUGUUUUUGCCCUGAGUUGGCCUUGGGCUUUGAUGCGCCUUCCUAUUGCCUCCCUUGUGGCUGGGAUUAUAUAUGUAUGUCACCAUGCUUGGUUUAUUGAUUUGAGAUGGAGUCUUGCUAACUUUUUGCCCAGGCUGACCUUGAACUGCAAUCUUCCUGAUCUCCCUCACAAGGAGCUGGGAUUACAAGUGAGCCCCUGUGCCCAAGUGAUUUUGUGUGUGUGUGUUUGAUCAAAACUAUGUGCCAUACGUCUGAAUAAGGCAGGAUUACUGUACCUAGUGUUUAGAAAGUGAAAUAUAGUUAAAAGUUUUUGCAAAGUUUCCCUGUCCAGCUAUAAAUUUGGAAACACACUGAUUUUGUAGGAAGCACUAACAAGGCAGUGUGUCAGACCUAGAUUGAUACAUUGUUUUUUUUUAAUUUAUAAAUAGUCCUCCUUAGGUGUUUAAGACAGUGAGAGUUUUGUGUUCCACACAGUGUGUACCAUGCUGGAGACUUUGAGGGGUGCCCUAGCCUGACA